AUACGAUUGACGCUGACGGAGUGAAAAAAGAAAGAAGAAUGGAUUUCGGUAGCGCACCACGGAUGGAUUUCGGGCAGGGAUGAUGGAUGCAGUGUUGGGCGGGACUAUGGGCGUGCUGAAACAAGAAGUAACCACGGUGACAGAAAUGAUUGACAAGCUGAAGGGCAGAGCUCUUCCAGAAAACAGCCUAGCUAGAAAUCUUGGCAGCGAAACUAACAGUAAAAAUGAAUCCUAUGGAUGUCGCCAUUGCCAGGAAAAAUUUUCGACACUGUUGAGUCUUCAGCAGCACAUCGUAUGUGAUCACACAGAGGAACUAAGGACGGAAUUAAACCAAUAUCAGAGCAAGAGGCAACGGCCCAUGGACGACGGUAGUGCAAUCCAUCCGAAGAAACGUAAGAUAUUAGAAGCCGUGAAGGCUUCACAGGAAUGUACACAGGAGGGCGGAAAGGUCAAGAAUUUGGAGAAUGGAUUUCGGAGUAAUGAUGACGACGACGAUGAUGAUGAAGAUGAUAGAUUAGUCAUCAGCACCUCACCCCCACUUCCGGAAAACAAUAGUAAUGACUCCUCAACUGUGGAUGAGUUUACAUCAUAUACCCAUAAGAAGUUGAAGAGGAAAGAUUAUUUUGAGACCAAAGGUGAAGGGAAGAAAGAGGAAGCGAACUUGAGAAAGGAGUAUGAGAAAAUCAUUAAUAGAGCCAAGAAGGAGAUUGACCAAGAAAAUAAUGAAAUCCGGGAAAAAUUAAAAAAGUCCAAGUUACUGUAUGCCACCUCAAAGUUUCCGGGGCAUGUCCAGACUGAUGCACCACCCGAGCAGAUAAAUACUACCCAACCAGGUCACAUGUUUGGUGGCACUUAUAACAUGCCACCCCAAGAAAACAGAGUGCCUUAUCCUCCAAUGCCAGCAAAUCCAGGGAGCCAACAGCCCAUGUACCCAGCCAUAAAUAUGAACAUGUAUGGAAACUUUGCCAUGCCCAUGAACUUUCCUCAUCAUCCUAUGAUGUUUAUGAAUCCAGGGAUGUUUAUGCCUCCCAUGACCUCAAGUCAACCUACAAAUUACAUUCCUCAAGCAAGUCCAAUUCCAACCUCUCCUUUGCCUUCUAAAGUUGCUUCCGUCUCAAGCCCCAAGAUGUCACCAAUUAGAAAUGAGUCGCCAAAACCGGAGAAACCUAAGCCAGCACGCCCUAAACCAAACCGCCGAAAUCAAAAGGCAGAAAGAAAGGGAAGUUUAUCUGAUGAUAAAAGUCAGUCAGAUGAGAAGAGCGAAGUUGUUGAGAUUUAUGAAUGUAAAGUUUGCAGCAGAAAGUUCUCGCAGGUUGGAAACUUUCACAACCACAUGAAGCUCCACAAUGAGAAGUCCUGUAGUUGUGGCAUCUGUAAGGUUGAAUUUAGUGACAGUUAUGAACUACAGCGACAUAUGAGGACCACCCAUACCGGGAGCAUGCCGUAUAAAUGUAAUGAGUGCGAUCGAGAAUUCAGCCAGUACAAUAAUUUGCGAAGACAUCUUCGGGUUCAUAGCGGGAAGUCGUACAAGUGCCAUAUUUGCGGUAGAAGCUUCAACGAAGUUUUUUACUUGGAAAUGCAUAUAGGUUCUCACACGGGAGAGAGAACGUACAAGUGUGGGGUUUGUAAUCUGACUUUUCGAGAUAAUGCCGAACUUCAGAAACACGUAAAAACUCACAGCGCGGACGAACUCCAUACUUGUGAUGUCUGUGGAAAGUCCUUCAGCAAAGCCUGUGUUCUGCGCCAGCACAAGAAGAUGCAUUUAGGAAUCCGUCCAUACAAAUGUAACAUUUGUGAAAAAGCCUUCAUUCAUCGCCAUCAUUUAACCAUUCACAUGCGCAUGCACAAUACCUCUAAGCCAUACACUUGCAAGUUUUGCCACAGGGAAUUUACCCAAACUAGUCACCUGUAUAAGCACAUUGAAAAACAGCAUGAAGAGGAAAUCGGGAAAGCUGUUGAUCUCAAACUGAAAACCGGAAAGAAGGGCAUUCCGUCUGCCGCAGAAAUCGAAGAAUUAUUCUGCAAGAUACAGAGUCCGUCCAAUAUGUCAUCUGCGAGUGUUGACAGUGGAAACGUGGAUAACGUAGGAAGACCCAGAAGUGACUCCAAUGUCAGCCAAGCAGAUUCAGCUAUAUCACUGCCAAGAUCCAAUGUGAGUCAGAUUUCUGUGGAAACUCCACCUCCUCAUGAAUAUUCAUCAACUCCUCAAUAUUCACCCAUAUCUUCAGCCUCUAGUCAGUGUGAUAAUGAAAUCAGGUCUCACACGCCAACCAAUGAAUUCCUUCAAAUGGACACAAAAUCUGGAAGUGUUCCACCAAUGGAAACACCUUAUGACCAGUCAGUAAAAGAUGUUAAAAAGGACCUAUUGUCUCAUACAAACACUCAGGAAUACUCUACAGGAAUUCCCCACCAAAGCAAGAAUAAUAUGCUCAUCACAGACCAAAGUCAAAAUGUCCCUAAGUAUGAUACAGAUAACAUUAAGAGUCCAUGUUUUAAAACAGAGAAGUAUGAUAUUUCUCUUGAUAAUGGUCGAAUAACAGAUACAGAUCAAGUUUCCCAGGAUUCGAAGAUGUGUGCCAAGAAUUCAAGCCUGAAGUCCGCAUCUUCUCCCUGUUCAAGUUUGUCGUCUGACUCGGCAGUGGCGAUAUCAGACCAAGCAAGCCCUCCUUCAGCUAUUUUAAGUCCCGAUCAAGCCAGCCCCCCUUCAGCCAUUAUAAGUCCGGACAGAAUCAAAGAAGAGAAACUGGAAGGAAAAGAAGAAAAACCCAAAAAGAGAAGAAGGAGGAGAAAGAAAGGUGAGAUGCACAGUGAAAUUGCUCCCAGCAACAAUGUUCAGGUCCCAGCUACAGAGAACCAGAUUUCUGGCAUGCCCUCUAUGAUGCCAAGCAAUCCUACAGACAUGCAACAGAUGUACCUUCUACAGAUGCAGCAUCUCCAAGGCAUGCAUAUGGCUCUGUUUGCCAAUGCCAUGGCUAAUCAGACAUAUCCAAAUGCACCAGGGGCCAAAUUCAAUACUCCCGCCACAACUUCCAAUGGGCUGCCACCUUCCUUUGGAUAUGGAGGUCCAAUGAACAUGUUUCCACAGGCAACUCAGCCACAGGUGUUUUCUCCUCAAGUUUCCCAGAGCGGAUUCCGCAACCCAAGCAUGGAGGCAAACAGACCCAUGGACUUAAGCGUGGAGAAAUAGUGUUUUUUUCCUCUUCAGUAGUUGAAACGUUGUUUGCUCAAAAUAUAGGAUUCCUUAACAAUACUAUUUAUAGAGGCAAAUAGACCCAUCAAUUUAAUAGUGGAGAAAACACAUGAUGUUUUUCACCUCUUCAAAAAUUGAAAAUUGUUUGCUCAAAAUCUAGGAUUUAAUAUACCUAUGUGUUUAUGAUGCUAUUGCUUUUGUGGUACAUGAAAGACCUUUUUGUAGUAGAUAAAUAUAAUUAUUUAUUAAUUUUUACUUAUUACUGCAGGUCGGCCAGAUUUUUAUGUAAGUGAAGUGUUCAAGCAUUUUAUGUAAUCGCAAUUAAUUAAAUUUUUCCAUUUAGGAAUCCUUAUACAUUUAUUUUAAAAAAGAACUAAAUGCAAUUAUCACUUUCUUUGCCAAUUGAUUUUUUAAAGUAGGUUGUUCGAUAUUCUGUGUUCAAUAAAACAAUUUAAUUUUUUACUGUAAACCAAACCAACCUUUGCUCAAAAUGCUUUCAAAUAUGCAAAUUGUAUAACUGUGUUCAACCAUGUUGCCUUCCCAGAGCAUUUUUCUAUUUUGUCAAAAUGCAUGUAGGUAGAGUUUAAAAUCAAUCAUUUCAUUCCAUUUAAUUAUUUCACACAUUCAUAAAAUCAUUUGCAAGCUUUGAAACUCAGGAUUUUUGCACCAUCCUUUCUUUAUAAGAAGGAAAUAUUUAAUUUAGCAAAACUAUAGCAAUAUUUUUUUUAUUUCUCUGUGCCAUAUUGGAGAAUAUAUUUGCCUUUACAUUCCUAUAAAGUAUUGUUUAUAGGUGAGAGAUAAUAUGUGCCGUAAUAUGCUUGAGAUAAAAAAAAGUGUUUAAGUAAUAAUCGAAAUAUUUUUCUUUCUAUGUUGUGUGUAUGUGAAUUUUUGCAGCUACUUUUACUUUCACUUUUGAAAGUUCAGUUUCAAGUUACAUUUUUUUUAUGUCUAUACAAACUAAAAAGAAUACAAAUGUGUUCAGAGUAAUCAACAUUCAAAAGAUGCAUGAAUUCCAUAAAUGUAAGGAAAUAUUUUUUACUAGUCAGGAACGUGCCAUAAUACAUAUUUGUUCUCCUUUGAUGCACUGUUCAUGGAUGUAUAAGUAAAAGAAUAUGCACAAAUCUCAUUUCUUAGUUUAUUUGCCAAAAUUUAUUGAUUUUUAAAGAAACUUUGGCUCAUAUAGAAAAAAAACUGUUUUAACUUAGAGGAGUUUUUCAAAUCAAGGUCACAAAAUUAACUUGUUUUUUUUUUUUUUUUUUAGAUAAUUAUAAAGUAACUCCUCUCAUGUCUUUAACUCUAUAUUGGAAGUUAAAAAGGAUUUUUUUUUCAACAACUGCUCAGGUGGUUCAUUUUUCCUGCCAUAGUUUGUAUGCAGUGUGUGAUGUAUUUAUUGUACAUUAUUUGUCUUAUUUUGUUUUUUAAACUGCUGAGUAUGUUGCUCAUUUUGGUGUAAGAAUGUUGUUUGUUUAUACCGAAUGUCUCGCAUUUUUUCUUUGUAACCUGUAAGAGGUGAAAAAAAUAUUCAAAAGGAUGUGUGAAUGAAGUUGAUAUACACUGUAUUGUAACAUUGUGUGAAUGUACCGUAGCUUUUUCCCCAUGUUUGUUCUCAAGCCAUGCUUACAGGUUAUUACAAUUUGGCAUUUCAGUCCAUGCAGAAUUUUGAUACAAUAUCCAUUUUAUGAUUUUAUCCUUUUGUAUGAAUUAAUGCUGUUUAUUCUAAUAAGUAAUAAGAAAUGAAAAUAUCAAAGUUUAUUGCAUAUAUUUAUAUUUUUAACAUCUUGCACAUUGAAAAUGAGUAUGAUUAAAUGAAAGUAGAAUGAUUGAUUAUGUAUUUUGAUCUUGAAUGCUUAAAGAUUUUAAAUUUUUUUUCUAAAAAUUUUUAUAUCCCUUAAUUAUUUGAAUCUGACUCGAAUGAAUAUGUGCCAAUUGCGAAGAAGUGUCUUGUGUCAUCAUUCAUAAAUUGAUCUCAAUAUAAAUCCAAGUACGCAGUCCAGAAUUUUAAAGAAUAUUAUUGGGUAAAAAUUUCGUCCAAUGAGAAUCACUUUUUUGAUUUCACCCUCAUUUUCAUCCAAUCAGAAUCAUAUUUUUCAUUUUCAUCAUCCAUCAACCAAGUUGAGCCAUUUUUUUGCAUUCCAUAAUGAAUUUUAUAUACUAUUUUUUAUCAAAAUGUAUUUAUGUAUGAUAUUUUGUACCAAAAUAUUCAUAUUGUAGUUAGUAAUUCAUUUUAUGAUCUCAAAGAUUUUUUUAUUUGUUUCGAAUGUCAGUCAGGUUUGUAGUAUAAAAAAUACAUUUGACUGGUUGCAAAUUGUAUGUAUACAUUGACAGACAAAUAUUU